AUGGCCGGCUUAUCAGCCGUUAAACGGCAUCACCUGCUCGCAGAGUUCGCCGGACUCAAACAAGCUUGUCCCCAUGGCGUCUACGUUAGUCUCACGCCAGGAGACCCGAGCCUUUGGUCAGGGGUUAUCUUCGUCCGCAAAGGACCCUACGCCCCGGCCAUACUCCGCUUUCACAUCUCUUUCCCCGACUCCUAUCCGGACCUCCCGCCACUCGUCACCUUCUCGACCGAUAUCUUCCAUCCGCUAGUCACCCCACUUACAACCUACAUGUAUUCGACAGACGUUCAACACGGAGAUACUUUCAGCGCCUCAGACGACGAAAGGUUACCGCCCGGUGGCUUCAGUCUACGGCAUGGGUUCCCCAACUGGUUUGGUCGGCGGUCGAGGGCCAGAGCGCAAAUGCAAGCCCAGGGACAGCGGGAAAGGAGCGCAAGUGAAAGCGCCAAUGCAAGCAGCAAUAACAUUGUCGUUGGCGGCAGAAGUGCAGACGGCACGACAACACCGACCCGCCCGAUAGCCACAGCAACAGGGGUGACGGGCACUCCCGGUUCAGAGGCUUCGGGUAUCUCUAUGGCCGCGAGCGUCGCGUCGUCGACUGUGCCAACAUACAUGCAGACAACACGGGCAGGUGCAGGGAGAGAUGGCCGAUCUGUUUCAACGUAUGAAGUAUUGCGAUACAUUCGUAGUACGUUUGAUGAUGAGCUCGUGCUCGACUCCGUGCCUCUUGAGGCUGCAGGAAAUCCAGGCGCGUGGCAUGCUUGGCGCACACACAGGCGAAUGACAGCUAGGAAAAUCUUUCCUCCCGCCACUGGCGGGGUUGAUGGCGAUGUGAGGAGUAGUGCUGGCGACCAUGGUGAAGGGGACGGCGAUGAGGGACAGGAAGGUAAAGCAAGAUCUGGUGCGCCUGUCGCGACUACCACAAUGAUAAGUCCUCCUCCGACUCCUGCAUCACGGCGCCCUGAAGAGUGGAAUUGGGAGGGGGUCUGGGAAGAGAGGGUCAAGAGGGGGGUGGCUACCAGCUUGUCGGAAGCGGUGUUGUUUGGCGGCGCCGGAACAGCGGAUGAGUUGAUCAACUUUCUCAACAUGGACGAGAAUGAGGUCGAGGGAGUCAAGUCCAAUCUGCUUCGUACACUUGGCGCAGUCGCUUAA